AUGCCCAACUUAAGACAGAGAACGUACAAACAGCUCGCUCCUUACUCUGCCGAGCGUCGGGAAGCUCAACGGAAGGGCUUACCAGUAGAAAUAGAUGCGAUCGUUUUUGCAGAGGAAGCUAUUUUGGAAAUUGAGAGAGAGUUGGAGAGCGACAGUGACAGGGAGAUAUCUGUCUUGGGUAGUGAAUCCGCUGACGAUAUUGAAAAAGAACGGGAGGAUGAGCUUGAAGAAAGUGAUGACUGUGAAGACAAUAACGAGAACGAGGAUGAGGAAGAACUUGACGACGAAUUCUAUAAUUUUCAGAAUCGUAGAGUGAAGAGUGUUGCCGUUCGAUCCCCGCUCCGUGAAUGUAAUAAUCAUGAAGUGACAGUGAUUCCAAGUGACGAAGAAGAGUAUUGCCAGAAAUACGAAAUACUUAAAAAGACGUUACCAAAAUUCGCUUCCGACGAUUAUCCCAAAUAUCUUCGGGAAGUCCGUACAUUCUUGUCUACUAGCAAGAAAGAUUCGGACAAAAUCUCUCUACUAAGACGCCUAUACGGAUACAUAAAACAAAUAACGCCACUUACCACGGAGAAUCCUGUUUAUAUUCGUAACUGUUACAGAACAAUAGUCUUUCUAGCAAAAGUUGCUCCUGUCACAUUUCGUCCUCUGGAAGAUUAUUAUCGUAUUUUCAAAGCGAAUCAUUCUAAAAAGCUAAAAGACCUUCAACCAUUGAGGAUGCUUUUUUACGAGUUUAACGGUCAGUUGGCUACUGUUUUGGGAAACCGUAGGGAAGACUGGAAAUUCAAUUCUCUGGUCGCAGAACAGUUGGAGAGAAUGGUAUUUGCCGUCGGGUCGUACGUACGAGUGACAGUACGCAAAAAAGAUUGGAAUGAACUUUGUCAAAGUCUAUCAGGAUUGACGGCGUGCCUUAGUCACACAACACAAAUUACACAUGACGAUACGAGGGCUCUUCUGAAUCAGCUUAACGAUGAUUUAUCUCGAUUGGCUCUUGGCAUAUUUAAACAAGAUGCAUAUACAAAAAUAAAAGUCCAACGACCGCCGAACGAACGUGAUCAGUUUAAACUGCAAAGACUGUCUGCCGAAUGUUGGGCAGCUGUAUGGGCACUGAUGGAUCGUUGUGGCAUUGAGAGUUUGAAUCAAUUAUUCGAAUCAUCUAAUUCAUGGUGGAUUGUUCCUGAUUCUAAAUUACGACGACAAUUGGGUUUGCUGUUUUGCAAUGGAAUGUUGAAAGCUGGAUAUCAAUUAAAACGAACACUUGAUGAAAUCGAGCGUCGAUUCUCGAAAGUAUUAUUCUACUCCUUCCUAGAUUCGGAAUUGGCGGACGACGCAAUAGACUAUGCAACACGCUUGAAACAAGAAUAUCAUGAGAUCAGCAGAAAGUCUCUUGACGUGGGAUCGGGUGCAGCCUGUAUAUUUAUAACUUCACAUAACAAGAAACUGACAAAAGAUACAAGAAUCGAGUGGAUGAGAACCCUCGCCCUAAAUAGUAUUAAAAGAAUUCAGAUGUGUGUUGAUGAGACUGAGCAAUUAAAGUUGUGCGAAGAUCUAAAAAUGCUUUGGCGUUCCAUUGAUGAGAUGCUUCGCAAUAAUGCAACUCCACAAAAUGAGCGGAAACAAUUGGAAGACCACAUGAUACCACUGCAAAGACAUUUCAAUAGUCAGGUGUUGUUUGCUAAUGUUUGA